AUGGCGCCGUCUCCUUCUCCGAACCCCAGUGUUGCUGCGCCUCGUGCUGGGUCGUCUUCCUCACCUCCUCGUGACGGUCUGCCAGCUGCCCCAUCGCCUCCUUCUCCGGGUCCUCAGCCCCCUCCUCCGGCCACUGUUCUCCCGAGGUGUUCUGCUCCAUCUGGCGAUGGUCCUCCGAACCUUGGCAUUCCGUGUGCCUCAACAGCCCCUAUAUGUCAACCUUCUCAAUUUGAUCACAUCUAUCACUUGGGAACCGGAGACAAUCCCAAUUUUCUGAUUUCAACUCAGAUUUUAACGGGUCAAGAAAAUUUUCAGUCUUGGAAGAGGGCUGCUUCCAUCUCCAUUGCUGCUAAAAAUAAAAUCCAGUUUAUAAACGAGUCCCUGCCUCAACCCCCUCCCCAUGAUCAUUUUUUUCAUGCUUGGGUUCAGUGUAAUAAUAUGGUUAUGGCUUGGAUUUUACAAUCUGUUUCUCGUGAAAUUGCAGCUAGCAUUAUGUUUCAAGAUUCAGCCACCGCUAUGUGGAAGGACCUCCAUGAGCGAUUUAAUCAAGGCAAUGGUCCUCGGAUAUUCCAGCUUCAAACUUCUGUCCACACCAUCAAACAAGGUGAAUCGGAUGUCAAUUCCUACUUUACUCGUCUCAAAGCUAUUUGGGAUGAACUUAAGGAGUUUCAGCCUAUUAUCCCUUGUUCCUGUGGCUGUAAAUGUGGUGCUGUUGAAAGAUUGCUUGGAUAUUAUCACAGGGACCAAAUUAUACAAUUUCUGGCGGGUCUCAAUGACUCUUUUUCUUCUGUGAGAGCCCAAAUUCUGCUCUAUGAUCCUCUUCCUCUGCUGUCCAAAGUUUUCUCCAUGAUCUCUCAAGAAGAAAGACAAAGAAGUCUAGGUCACACCAUGCCUUUCAUUGCUGCUACUGCGGGUUCACACACUUCUACCAAGCCUCCAUCAAGAUCAAAGAAACCGAGACCCACUUGUUCUCAUUGUCUCAAGCCGGGUCACUUAGUGGAAAAAUGUUUUUUUCUUCAUGGGUUUCCUCCUGGGUACGGUGACAAGCGUCGUCAAGAUGAAGCUAUCAAACCUUCUGUUCAUCAAGCUUCCGCUUCUAGGUCGAUUUUAGGCAAACCACCUGUGCUGUCCCAAACCGAGCUCAGUCACCAGCUUAUCUCUCUCCUAAGUCAGAAUCUUCAGCACACCGUGGCUGCCACAGACACCAAUAUGCCGAUUGCCUCACAAGUUUCUGGUAAUCUCGUUGACUUUCCUUCAUGUCUGUGGAUUGUUGAUAGUGGAGCAUCUCACCAUGUGUGUUACUCUCUUAAAUGCUUUAAGACUAUUGAUAAACAUCCUACUGCCACUUUAGUAACUUUACCUAAUGGACAUAUCAUUCCUAUUUCUUAUUCUAGCACUGUUCAGCUCUCUAGCUGCAUUAUUUUGACUGAUGUCUUAUUUGUUCCUGAUUUUCAGCAUAAUCUCUUCUCGGUUAAUGCUUUCUUACAACAUAGUAAUAACUCUCUAAUGUUUUCUGCUUCUGAAUGCUUUAUUCAGGCACCCUCUCGGACUUCCAAGAUUGGGAUUGCUAAGAAAUACUUGUACUAA